ACGAAGCGUUAAUACAACGCACCGUCCCAUUUACUCACCUUCCUUGUCUGGUUCACUUCAGAGAAUCAAACGGUUCAUAAAGAAUAAUUUAAAUAUAAACAAAAAUAUUUUUUUUAAUCUCUUGGCUGUAUUGGUAUAUUAUAUCUGCUAUUUGUUUAGAUCAUUUCCUCACUUUCGUUUUGCAUAGCAGUUCUUCAGAGAAGCUCUGCUUUUGUUUUUCUUUUGAUUUGGUUUGCUUUUUGCAUUUGUUGUUUGGAGCUCUUUUGAUAACAAGAGAUGUCUUUCAGAGGACUAAGUCGGCCAAAUGCAACAUCCGGCAUGGGCGUUGCUGAUCACAGCAAGGACACUUUUUUAGAACUGAAAAGAAAGAAGGUUCACCGCUAUGUGAUUUUCAAGAUUGAUGAGAAGAAGAAGGAGGUUGUGGUUGAGAAAACUGGCGGUCCUGCUGAGAGUUAUGAUGAUUUCACUGCUUCUUUGCCCGAGAACGAUUGCCGAUAUGCUGUCUAUGAUUUUGAUUUUGUGACUUCUGAGAAUUGCCAAAAGAGCAAAAUUUUCUUCAUUGCCUGGUCUCCAUCAUCUUCUCGGAUUCCUGCCAAGAUGCUAUAUGCCACUUCUAAGGACAGGCUUAGACGAAAGCUGGACGGUGUCCAUUACGAGAUUCAGGCAACUGAUCCAACAGAAAUGGACCUCGAGGUCCUACGUGACCGAACAAACUAACCAAGCUCUCAAUUUCGCUAUUGUUUGGGUAAAAAAAUCAGACAAGCUAUGUGCAGAUUUCUUUUCUGAGACAGAGCAAUAUAUACUUAAUGCUAUAAUAACUAAUAUCUGGGAAUGUAGCACUAUCUUUCUUGCCCUUAAUUCUAAUUCCUGAUAGUUUCCUGCUUCUCGGAUGAUGAGAAUUGGUAGCUAAAUAUUUAUAAUUCUAGCACAUAUAUAUAUAUACAUACACACACAUAUAUAUAUAGUGAAUUAUAUCUGGUGUC